CCCUGCCCCCCCCUUCCCCCCCCCGUCCCGGUGCGGCGCGGUCCAGCGGAGCGGCCGGGAGGCGCCCGUCACCUUCAGCGUGGCCGUCCCGGGCGGGAGGCUCCGCCAUGGUGCUCAUCAAGGAAUACCGUGUUAUCCUGCCUGUGUCUGUGGAGGAGUAUCAAGUGGGACAGCUGUAUUCUGUGGCAGAAGCCAGUAAAAAUGAAACUGGUGGAGGUGAAGGAGUAGAGGUCCUGGUGAAUGAACCCUACGAGAGAGAUGGAGAGCGUGGGCAGUACACACACAAGAUCUACCACUUACAGAGCAAAGUGCCAACAUUUGUGAGAAUGCUGGCCCCUGAAGGAGCUCUGAAUAUACAUGAAAAAGCUUGGAAUGCCUAUCCCUACUGCAGAACUGGUGAGUGUAAUGAAUAUAUGAAGGAUGACUUCCUGAUCAAAAUUGAAACCUGGCAUAAAUCAGAUCUUGGAACGCAAGAAAAUGUUCAUACACUGGAGCCAGAUGUAUGGAAGAAUGUAGAAGCUAUUUACAUAGAUAUUGCUGAUCGAUCUCAAGUACUUCCCAAGGAUUACAAGGCAGAGGAAGAUCCAGCAAAAUUUAAAUCUGUCAAGACUGGACGUGGACCUCUGGGUCCCAACUGGAAGAAAGAGCUGGGGAAGCAGACAGACUGUCCAUACAUGUGUGCUUACAAAUUGGUAACAGUCAAGUUCAAGUGGUGGGGUCUACAAAAUAAGAUUGAGAACUUUAUUCAGAAGCAAGAAAAGCGUCUCUUCACAAACUUCCAUCGGCAGCUCUUUUGCUGGCUUGAUAAGUGGGUUGAUCUGACUAUGGAGGACAUCCGUAGGAUGGAGGACGAGACCAAGAGACAGCUGGAUGAGAUGAGAGAAAAAGAUCCAGUGAAAGGAAUGACAGCUGCAGAUGACUAACGUGACUUCUUCCUUGUGCACUUUUGCAAGACAGUCAUCAGGAAGGCCUGGGGAAUCCACACUCUUUGACUGACGGACCAUCUCUGGAUCAAGCCUUUCUAUAUCCAAUCGGCAGGCGAUUUUAAAUCUCCCAUAGCUAAUUCUAGAUGCCCUUUAAUAUUGUGAGCAAAUAGACCGUCUGGUACCAAGCACUCCAAUGUUAGCACGUAUGUGAAGGAGGCAGCUCCUUGGAGACGUGUGACUUAGAGAUCGCUGUAUUUACGACUCCUCCCUCCUUUUUUUCAUUGUGUUCAGACCAAUUUCCACGUGGCCCUGUUUGAUUUCCAAGUGACAUUUUUAGCUAAAAUAGUCUUGUGAUGUGGUGACUUAGAUUUUUUUUUUUUUCUUUUUUUUUAAUUAUUAUUUUUUCCAACUGGGAUAAACUGCCACCUUUGUUCUGCCCAGCCCUUCACCAUUCUUUGAAUGUCUGUUCGGAGAGGGAAACUGUCAGCAUUUUAGAGUGCAAAACUAUUCCAUAAAAUGAUAGACUCUAACCCUUGCUCCCAGGGUAGCAAAUUUAACGGCAUGUGAUCUGAAUACAUAAUCAGGAGUAGCCAGAUAUAGUUCUUGGUCUGCGAUGAAUAUAUCAUGACAUGUGGCUUCUGCACGGCAUUACUUUGUUCUGUCUUAGCACACAAGAAUUCAAGACUGAUUAGAAGCCUGUGCUCAGCAUCUCCAUGCUAGGGCCUUCAGCAGGUGACUGUUGAACUUCAGUGUAGUGGUACGUGGUCUCUCUGGCCCUGUAGCUACGUUGUCCUUCAGCUUGUGUGUCAGUCUUACGGAAUAAUUACAACAAGUUGCCUGACAUGUGUUGCAACUUCCUGGUUUGUUCUUUACUCAAGACUUCUUGUAACUGAAAAAACUUUAAUUAUUUUGACUAAUAAUAGUGCGAUUCUCCCUGGACAAAUUGAAAUGUAGCAAAAAGCUGAUGUGCAAGAGAAGUUGCGGUAUCUGAAUGCGUUCAGGUGCCUGGGUCAGUGGUUCUGCUCAGCAAUAAUACUCUUCCCAUUGCAAGACAGAUUAAAACAUCUCCCUUCAUGCUGUAGAAAAGCAACUUAGGAGAGACCUGCAGUUGUUUUCCAAGUUAUCUGUCAGUUGUUUUAAACUGCAAAGGAUACUGCUAACUCAUGUGAAGAGCUCUGGGUGUUCAGUGAACUCAAAUACUUACUGUAACUAACUGUAUGUUGAUAUCAGCUUUAGACAAUCAAAUAAGCAGAACAGAAUCAAAGAAAUGCUGCUUUAUUAAAUACGUAUGAGAGAACAUGAAUUUCCUUGCUUAUGUGUAAGGCCCAAUAUUUGGUUUUAUUUAUUCCCAAGGGUAGCUCUAUCUUCCACUUCUGUACUUGGCAGCACUGACAGGGAAUACAGAAUGCCAAACAGACACAGGUGUACUGCCACUCUUGAGAAGUCUGUUUGGCACUCUGCAGUACAUCCAGCUCCUUCAGCCCUUCAUGUCCCUGCAAGCAGGAGCUCCUGCAAUAACCCAGGGCUGUGCUGAGCAGGGAUGUGCCAGGAUCUGGCCUGGUUUUGGUGCGAGGUAAGAUGGUGCACGCUCUGGAGGGAGAGGAUGGCUUCUGGUUUCUGGGGAGGGGGCAGUUUAUCCCUUUAUUUUUAGUUUGUUAUUUUGCCUUACUCAUGUCUAAGUGCAAUAAGCUCUGAAUUGUACCAGUAACUCUGGCAGGCUCUUCUCAGUGACCUCACAUGGCUUUGCGGGGUGGGGAGGGGUGAGGGAUUUUAUCAAUGUCACCAGGCAGAACUAAAAUUUAUUGUAAAAUAGAUGAAGAUACUAAAUUUUAAUCUGUAAGGCUAUUUGGGACCAGGAUGUUUCAUGACAUCUCCUGUAGCUGUUCCAGAAUUAUUCCAGGACUGUAGGCCCCGCUUUAAAGUUUCUUCAGCUUAAAGUAUUUUUAACUGAGAAUUUCUGCACUGACUUUGUUGAUGUUUGUCGCUUACGUGCUGAGGGAUUCUUGCACUUGAGGACAACCUGAGAAUACACAGCACGCUUGUUCUUUAAAUUUGUGUUACCCAAGAGGCUUUCCAUCUGAUGCCACUAAUCGCCGUGGAAGCAGAUUGUAACAUUCCACCCUGCAAUCCUUUUUUGAUCCUCUGAUUUUAUCGUAAGAGCUUUUACACAAAGCUUUCCUGAUUAGUGGCAAAACUGGGAAAAAAUGCAGAAACUCCAACCUGACUCUUCCUGUCACACUCCUCCUCUUUUGCUUUUUUUCCUUCCAAUUUAAUCCCAAGCGCAAGCAUCCCUCAGCCUGAGGACAGACAAACCCUGCAAGGACCUUCCACUCUCAAUGCUUGGUUCCCACGGGCGAGCAGAGCGAAGGUGCCGCGGCACCGUGGUUGCUGCAUCUGUGAUGGAUUUUGGACGGCCCCCCUAACCCGCCGUGUCCCCGAGGUGUUUCACUGGGCUGCUGCUCUGCUUUGGGGCCGUGGUUGUGCUGUGCCCCGAUCCCUGCUGCGUGGGGUCGGGCUGGGGCAGGAACCUCGCUGCAGCCUGGGUCUGGUCGGUGCGCCAGCGGUGCCCGUCGCCCCCCACGCUGCACCCCUCUGGGUUCGUCCCCCCUGGGCCUCCCCCCGAUCGGUUCAUUGUGCUCUUUCCUUUGGCAACACACACUCCGUAGAAAUGGGUUAGAUGAUCUCGUUGUUUCUUUCAAUGUGAGUUUGUGCCUUUUUUGUCUCCUAAUCUUCCAAUACAGGCAUAUUGGAAACGAAAUCUAAUAAAAAUACUAGACAGAG